UUAUUUCUGUAUGGUGUGUUGUUUUGCAACGUUUGUGCUAACAGAUUGUCACCCAGUGUCCGUAAAACCACCGUCUUCGCUCGAAAUGUUUACACUUUUGUGGAUUUUUACAGUAAUAUUAGAAGAAAUGCGACAGAUAUGGAAUCAUGAGCAAUAUUCGGCAUGGUACAAAGUUCAAAGCUGGUGGGGAAAUGCUUGGAACAAAUUUGAUGCGGCAAUGUACUUAUGUUUCAUACUAGCAUUUAUACUAAGACUCGUGUGUUCUGUGCAAAACUUCUGGUUGGCGAUUAUGACAUAUAGUAUCAGUCUGGCAGUUUUUAUUUUGCGCACAUUGCAUUUUUUCUAUGUGGCUAAGUACACUGGCCCAAAAGUUAUCAUGAUUGGAAAAAUGGUAAGAGACAUACAGUUCUUCAUCAUGAUAUUUAUGGUCGUUCUUGUAAGCUUUGGGAUUAUAACACAAGCUAACCUGUUUCCAAAUUCUGAACUUGAAUGGCAGUUGUUGAAAAAGAUUGUUUACUUGCCAUACUGGCAACUGUACGGAGAGUUAUUUCUUGAUAACAUGGAAGGGAAGGAACCGUCAUCUUGCACAACUGAAGUAUUGCUUUACAACAAUGGUACAUUACCAAGAUGUCCAGAGUCAAAUGCAUUGGUUCCUCUGGUUUUAGCAAUAUACAUGGUGUUUACUAAUAUACUCUUAAUUAACUUGGUUAUUGCUAUGUUUUCGGAUACAUUUCAGAAAGUGCAUGCAAACUCAGUUUUAGUAUGGAAAUUCUACCGAUAUUCUCUUGUAUAUGAAUACUACGAAAGGCCAUUUCUGAUUCCACCAUUGAUAAUAAUUAAUCAUUUGUAUAGGAUUCUACAAAUCCUUAUUCGAAAGAGGGAAUUUUGUACAAAUAGAAAAUGUUGUAAGAAAAUAAUGACAGACAGCAAUGCUUUUCAAAUGGAGUCUUGUUCAGAUCCAUUGGAGAUGGCAUCAUUGAUUAAAGUGCUAAAAGAUUUUCGUACUUUAACUGAUUUAAAAAUAAGCAGAAGCUAUUACGGACAACCCAAAAAAUCAAUCACUGAAAAAAAGCUGGAUAAAGUCCUGACUCUACUUGCAAAAUUUGAAAGUCAUAUGCGAUUGGAUAAAACGCAGCGCACAUACGAGGACAUAAAAAAUGAAAAAAAAUCUUCAGAAGAUAUAUCAGAAAUCAACCUUGUUUUGGAAGGUUCAGAUAACCAGGACAGCUGUUAAUUUCGAUUAAUUUAUUGACAUAACAAUUUUACAGACUGAAUAAUGGAUACUGUGGUUGUAAUAAUAUUAUGUACUUCAACUUAUUUAAUAACUUACUUUUACUGAUGACCAUAGGUCAUCCAUUGAAAUAUUUAAUUUAUCUUUAAUCUUGUUUACUUAAGAGCAUGGUCAAUUCAAUAAUGAUGAAAUUGAUUUUUAAUUUCAUGGUUACACUUCCGUAAAUUUGCUGUAUGGUAAAAUACUUGCUACUUUUUCUGUGAAGAUAUGUAAAAAAAAAUAUUGAUUUAGCUUAAAGGCGUCUUCUCUAGUUGACAAAAAAAGUACAAAGACGUUUAUGUCCAUACGAUACUACAGACGAUAAUCAAUAUUUCUUAAUGAUUUCUCAUAUCGAAAAGAUAACUCUAAAUUUUCUCGUCUGGUUGAAUAUUUGAUAUUUUUUUACACUUACACAUGUAUAUUUAACUUUUUUCUCCGGAUCUGGUAAGGUUUUCGUUAUUCCCUCGUUUAUUAUCUUUGUACAUUCAAUGUGUGCCUUUUGUAUUGGUUGUUUUUUAUAAUUGUUUUUCCAGUUUUCCUGCUUUUUUGCUAGCCUUAAGAAUUGACAUAUGCGAAACGUUAUAUCUCAGUUUUUUACAAAAGAUGUUCAAGGUAUAUAUUGCUAUAAUUACCAAACUUCUACUCUCUACAUGAAAUAUGAAUUUCAUUUGUUUGGCCGGAUGUGGUAGAUUUAUUUUUAUAAUAACCUGAAAAGAUUGAGGACAUAAAAUGCUUAUACAAUUUUCCUUACGGUCAAUUUUGAUAAAGCUUUUGAUAAGUCUUAUGGUCUUUUGUAUUAGAAGUAAUUCUGUUUCAUUGCUGUAUUCAUAUAUUUAUAAACUGUAUAAAGCUAUGCUACUGCUGUGUGCGCAGUGUUCAAGUACAAAUAUAAUUCAAAAUAUUGUUGUUUUGAAGGGUGUUCCGUUUAAAUGGUCCUAUGUUUACUGUCUUUUAUUUUAAUGCUUGACUUGCUCAAUUGAGCUCUUCAAAUUAUCCUGGUGUUGCUGGUUGUAUUGUUAAUGACUAACAUUUUUAUAGUGAGCUGAUAUACCGAUGUUUGUGGUAUUAUAUGCUAAAAUAGAUUACUUAAAAUGUUGAUAUAAACUAAAAAAUGAAACUUGACAAUUGUCACAUAUAGUUUGAGAGAAUCAUAUAAACUUUUUUUAUGAAAUACUUUUGAAAAAUAAUAGAUUGAGAGUGGAAAAAAGACUAAGACAUGAAGAUUGAAGAUGACAAUAUUAUUUACUCAAGGUCUUUUUUUAGUUUUUACAAAAUAAAAACAAUAAAAAAUCUUUCAGUGAAGGAUUCGUCAGUGUGGUUUCUUUUCUUAAUUUUUUGUGUGGUUUUAACUGCAUAUUCAAACACAAUUUUACUAUGUAUUUAUUAGUUCAGAUAUCACACUAAUGGGGAAUGUAAUUCUUGCACAAGAUAUACUUUGAUGGGUCUGAGGAUUUUGUUUAUAGUUCAACAAUUAAUAAUAUGUUGUUGCAAUUUGAAUACUGUAAAAUUUAGAGGUAUUGCCUACAAAACAAUAAUGUUGUAUUGCCUAAAAAAAUGGUUGGAUAGAAUAAUUUUUAUGUUGAAUAAAGUAUAUAAAAAUACUUACCCCUGCUAAUAUAUCAAAAUCAAUAAGAAGUGGUAAUUGUUAAAGGCAGCUUACUUAUAAUUGACUAGUGCUACUUGAUUUUGAAAUUUGUGUCUUAUACUGUUUACUGUAACUUCACAAUUUCCAUCAAGAGAAAUUAAAGUACAUCAAAAACUAUCUUAAAACAUAUUAGUUUAUGAUGCCAGGAUACAUUAAUAUCACAUACAUUAUAAUAAAUCUUAAACGAACCCAUGCAAGGGCAUUCGUCUGUCAAAACUCAGCAAAUGAUUCGAUAUGACCAUCCCAACCAUUACACUAUACAGCCACCAGUCGCAUUCUUUAAUUCAAAAGUUUAAAUCUUUGGGAAUAGUAACACGUUGUAAGCAUUUAUUAAUUUUAAUGCAAUUGUAUAUAAUACAAAAAAAUUUUGUAAGAAUUUCUGAGAGAAAAACAUCAAACCAUAUACGUCAAUAAAACUGAGCUAAGCCAAAGCUCUAAACAAUCGACAAAGCUAAACUAUUUCGUAAAGUAAUCAGAAACAACUGAACGUUUAAUAAUGAAAAAAUCAUGUUAUUCCUAAAAGACGUAAAUAGAUUGCGAAGAUGUAUUAUUUCGUUCUGAUCAAAAUGAAGCAAAUGAUAACAAAACCAGGCAAACAAAAAGAUGAAACAUUAUGAAAAAAUAGCAUAGAUGACCAAACAAUAAAUAUGCAUUUGAAAUCACUUUCUACCUAUUUCAUAGUAAAUAUUACUUUUGUAUGUAAAUAUUUUCAAUAUAAAAAAAUGUAUUGUUUGAUUGCCAAUAAUCCAAGACAGAUAUUUUACCGGAAUCUUCAAAUUGUACAUACGAGUAUAUUUUUUGUUUCUUAUUCGUUCUGAGUGAUUGAAAUUUUAUAAAUUUGAUACUGUGGUGUGUAUUUUUCUUUAUGUUUGAAUUGGUAAAUGUUACUAUUGAAUUUCCUGAGUUUUGGAUAGCGAUAUAGAUGUUCUUGUGAUUAUUAUCCCGUAUGAAAUGUAUUGAAUGUUACAAUGAUACUGAAACCUUUUUUUAAUAAAUUCAAAGUGGACUA